GCGACGACUUCGCCAACUACAGCAAGCACCUGACAAAGAAACAGGCAGAUAUCGUGCUUCCCAUCACCCCGGCGCUCAUGGAAGCAACCAAGGAGCAAGAGAGCUUCUCGUUACCCCCGCAUGAGGACGACAUCAGGAAGGUUUGGUACACCACAAAGGUCGCCAGAUUGGCAAGGCUGGCGGACCAAGCGCUGGACGCUAAGCAGGCGCAGGUGGACGCGUCGAAGCUCUGCAAUGAGAUGGCCAUCGCCAGGUCCACCAUCGAGCUACUCAUCGAGCCUACCCAACGGAUGCGUCGAUACAGGCAGGAGAUCGACGAACGGAGCAAGCGCAAGAACGCGAUCAACCAGCAGAUGAAAGACCUCAACGUUGAGAGCGAGCAGAUCGACCAGCACGUGAACUCCCUGAAGGCGUUGAUCCACGAGUCGAAGAAGAUGAGGGGCCUGAAAGAGAUGCUGGGCGACUCCAGCUGCGAUGGGGACGAGGGAGAUGACAAAAAAACAGCCAAGAUAUCGAGGCUCAUCAACGACCUCAUCAAUGACAAUUACACGCAGCAAUUGCAGCGCGAGAAGGCCUUCGAGCAAUCCCACAACAGGAAACAUGCCGAGCAGCGCGAAGAGAUCAGGAUCCUUACCGAGAAGAUGCGGAACAUGCAGAAGAGCUUGGAGACCCAGGAACAGCAGGCCGCCAACAUGCUGCUCAGCAUCACCUCACAUUCCCCCAGCAAGCAGCAAGAGGCGCACUCGCACGAGACGGAGGUCUACAAAGCGGAGGCAAGAGCGGGGAUGAGAGAGGCCGAAGCAGACAAGGACAAGUACGACCAGCACAAGGCACGAGGCGAGCUGGAGAUGCAGCUGGUAAAGUUAAGCGGGGAGCGGGUCCAUGAACAGGCUGAAAGCCUUCAACGAGAACGACGCCGCAUGCAACUCGAUAUCCACGAGCAAGUCAAAGCGAGCCGCGAGUUAGUCAGCGCGAGGGCCGCCACGGGCCAGCAUGAGUGCCAUCAGGAGAUCCAGGCUAUGAUCGCCCACUAG